AUGCUCAAGUUAACAUUCCGCAAGGUCUUACUCGCCGCCAUCGCUAUUUUCGUCCUCGUCCAGCUCGUCCGCUAUCGCGAUAUCAAAGAUCUUCCCGGCGCGCCGGGCUACAGACCUGUCCCGGCAAUUUCCGACGAAGAGCAAGACUCUUACGAGGAGCAAUCAAGGCUUAAGAAGGCCAGCAGUGGUCGUGGCCAGCUUCCCCUUGGCGCAACACCGACCGCGCCGCUACGCGAUCGCCUCCGAUACCAAUUCCCCUACAAUAUCCGCAAAAGCUUCCCCGCAUACAUUUGGCAGACGUGGAAAUAUGAUACUUCUUCGCCGUAUUUCGCCGACCAGUUUCGCGGGACGGAGGCUAGCUGGACUGAGCUGCACCCGGGCUUUCAGCAUGAGCUUGUCCCCGAUGACAUGCAGCGCCAUUUGAUCUUGUACCUCUUUGGGUCUAUCCCGGAUGUCUUUGAGGCAUAUGACUCUUUGCCGUUGCCUGUCAUGAAGGCCGAUUUCUUCCGAUACCUGGUUCUCCUUGCGCGCGGUGGAAUCUACAGUGAUAUCGACACAAUGGCGCUCAAGCCGGCUGGCUACUGGCUACCCGAGGAGCUUGAUCGGUCGACUGUGGGAUUCAUUGCGGGAAUUGAAGCGGACCCCGAUCGCCCGGAUUGGCACGAGUGGUACUCCCGUCGUAUCCAGUUCUGCCAAUGGACUAUCGUUUCCAAGCCUGGUCAUCCCAUUCUGCGCGACAUGGUUGCAUACAUCACCGAGGAGACUUUGCGCAUGAAGAAGGCUGGCAUCCUCAAGGUGGGAAGUAUGGAUAAGACUGUCAUGGAGUUCACGGGACCUGGUGCUUGGACCGAUGCUAUUUUCCGCUACUUCAACAACCCCGACUACUUCGAUAUCCGGCCCGGAGAUAAGAACAUCACAUAUGAAGACUUCACUGAACAAACAACGGAGAGGAAAGUGGGUGAUGUGAUCAUCUUGCCAAUCACGAGCUUCAGUCCCGGUGUUGGACAAAUGGGCGCACACGAAGUUGAUGAUCCCAUGGCUUUUGUGAAGCACAACUUCGAUGGUAUGUCCACUCUUUAA